GACGGGCUAUCAGUUCGCAACGGUCGAUCCUCGCGUGAUAAUAUAAUAGUGGUUCGGAUUGGUCAACCUGUGCAGUGCGGCAGGGGGCUUGACAGUGGAAAUAUUUUUUUUUCUUGCUUUUGAGGAAAUUGUUGCGUGUCUGAAGAUUUUAUUGUGGUUUUGAGUGCUGGAUGAUAUUGAUACCAGCAGCUUCACCACCUGCAGCGUUCCCGUCGUCGCUAAUCACCGGCGUUCGGUGUCGCAAAUUGCUGCCACCAUCAGCGGCGCUCGUGCGGAAGUGUGUCGUCCGUCGUCGUGAAGAAGCUCCGUUCCGGUAUGAAUUUUAAAACUCUUGCAAGCCGCCGACGCCUAGCGUGAUUCGCCUCGAACCGACCGACGCAGGACUGCCAACAAGGCUCGCCGCCGCCCGUGUGGAGCAGUGCGUGCAGUUUGUGAGUUCAAUAGCGUUGAAUCGUUAUCUCUAUGGGAGUGCGCUUCCCCGAUCGUGCGCAAUAAACAACUACCGAGGACAGUGAAAAGACCGCAACGAAGGUUAAGAACGGAAACCGUGUGAAGUGUUGAUAGCUGUUUUACUAGAAGUGUGUGCCCAACCGAAAUAGUUUGGCAAGAAUUUCGGAAUUUCCAGAAGUAAUUAGAGGAUCAACAAGUUCGCCAAGAUGGUGCUUAAUCCAUUAAAGCACAUGAUUAAAUCGGCUGAUCACAUCCCCACCCGCUUCAAUGUCGCCAUAAUGCUAUUCCUGGCAUGCUUCGUGAGCUAUAUGCUGCGAGUCAACAUGUCAGUGAACAUACUGGCCAUGGUUCUACCAAUACAAACACAAGAGCGAGCCGCAGAUGCACUCCUGACCAACCAGACCGACGCGAACAACACAAUCUCAUCGGCAUCUAAUGUUCAUAACUACGGCCCGCGCUACAACUGGUCCUCGCACGAUCAGAGCCUGAUUCUGGGCGCUUACUUCUACGGCUACCUGGUGACCUCGCUGCCGGCCGGAAUACUUGCCGAACGCUUCGGACCGCGGAUGUUGGUUGCCUCCACGCUUGCCAUCAGUGCGCUGCUGACGGCGCUGACUCCUCUGGCUGCGACCUACGGCAUGUGGGUCAUCGUCGCCAACCGGGUGGCGUUGGGAUUAUGCGGGGGUUUCCUCUACCCGGCACUGCACAAUCUCGUCUCCCGUUGGGCUCCACCGGACGAGAAGGGAAAAUUCAUUUCCGCCCUGAUGGGAGGCACCUUCGGAACCGUCAUCACCUGGCCCCUGGUUGGAGUUCUGAUCGAGGAGCUCGGAUGGUCGUUCGCUUUCUACGUGCCGGCCGCCAUCACCGCCAUCGUGGUUGCCGUUUGGCUCAUAAUCGUUGCCGAUUCACCGGCCCAGCAUCCACGCAUCCAGAAAGAUGAACAGGAAUAUAUCGUCCAAUCGCUGGGCGAUACCAUCUCUAAGCAGAAGCUGCUACCACCGGUGGCGAAGAUGAUGACGUCUGUGCCGUUCCUGGCCCUGCUGGUGCUGCACUUUGGCAAUCUGUGGGGACUGUACUUCCUGCUGACGGCAGCUCCCAAGUUCAUGAGCGAGGUUCUUGGCUUCAAAUUGGCAAAGGCUGGCUUCCUUGCGGCUCUCCCGUAUCUGGCACGCGCAAUAUCAGCGUUUUGCUUUGGUAGCAUCGGUGACCACCUAAGAAAGAAAUCACUUUUCACCGUGACCACAAUGCGCAAAUCAUUCUGCCUGUUCUCUCACAUAAUCCCCGGCGUGUUCCUAGUGGCGCUCAUCUAUGCCGGGUUCGAUCCGUACGUUUGCGUGGCCAUAAUCACCCUGUCGCUUGGUUUCAACGGAGCCUCCUCCAUGACAAAUCUGCAAAACUCUCAGGACCUGGCGCCUAACUUCGCCGGCACUCUAUACGGAGUCAUCAAUUUUGCCGGAACGACGAGCGGCUUCAUCACGCCCAUGCUGGUGGCACACUUCACCGCCGUCCGCAGCACCAUGCACGAGUGGCAGUACGUGUUCGCAAUAGGGGCAGCGGCCUACAUCAUCCCGGCCUUGGUAUUUGUCCUGUUUGGGUCCGCGUCGGUGCAGGAGUGGAACGAACCCAAGCAGCAAGAGUCCAAGCAAGCGACCAAGCAGGUGAUUCAGACGUACUGAGCUGGCACUGAGGCUCCUCUCCUCGCCGUCACCUGCCCUGGUGUGAUCCCGUUUGCUGUGCUGAGCGCCACCGGUUGGAGCUUUUCCAGCCCUGUAGGCUUUUCUCACAUUUCCUUCUGUAAAUAUAGCUGAGUAAUGUAUCUAUUGAGAAACACAAGUAUCUCAACGAAUCUCAUUUCUAAUGAUAGUCAACUAGCGAUUAAGCAAACCAACAAGAAGUAUUAUUAGCUAGGGCUGGUAAUGUUAUAAAUAUCGUAAAUUGGUAUAUAAUUUUUCUAUAUACAAACGAGCCGUCACGUAAAUUAUGUAAUUCAGUGAAGCAAGUGUAGCGCGUUUUAUGUAAUGUUGGUGAUCAUGUGGACUGUUAUGCUCAACCUGUGCGAACCCCCGAACCCAUUGAGGCGACGCAAAUAUUAAUAAACAUGUCAUUUGAAGGCAGAUUUCAC